CCUCCUCCUGCUGGGGCCCGCCCGCUCACGGCGUCCGGCCGACCAUGCCGCUGGAUCACCGCCGCCUGUGCGGCCCGGAGGAGUCGCAGCCGCCGGCGCUGUGGGCAGCGACCGCGGCCGAGGAUGAGGAGAACGAGGAGAGCGCGGGGGCGGCGCCGCGGGACCCCUGUGCCCUGCGGCCGCUGUUCGCGCGGGCCGGGCUGCUGAGCCAGGCGCAGGGCUCGGCCUACGUGGAGCUGGGCAGCGGCACCAAGGUGCUCUGCGCCGCCUGGGGCCCGCGGGAGUCGGCCGAGCCCGGGCCGGGCCGGCUGCUCUGCGAGUUCCGCCGGGCGCCGUUCGCGGGGCGUGGGGCGCGGGGCCGGCCGGGCGCGGCGGCGGAGCGGGAGGCGGAGCGGGAGGCGGCGGCGGCGCUGCGGGAGGCGCUGGAGCCGGCGGUGCGGCUGGGCCGCUACCCGCGGGCCCGCCUGGCCGUCAGCGCGCUGCUGCUGCAGGACGGGGGCUCGGCGCUGGCCGCCGCCGUCAGCGCCGCCGCCCUGGCGCUGGCGGACGCGGGAGUGGAGAUGUACGACCUGGCCGUGGGCUGCGCGCUGAGCCGGCCGCCCGCGCCCGCCGCCUCAUGGAUGCUGCAGCCCGCCGAGCCCGAGGAGCGCCGCGCCGCCGCCCGCCUCACGCUGGCCCUGCUGCCCGCCCUCAACCAGGUGUCGGCCGUGCUGGGCGGCGGCCGGGGCGGCCCGCCCGAGGACUGGGCGCAAGCCCUGCGGCUCGGCCUCGAUGGCUGCCACCGGCAGUACCCGGUGCUGCGGCAGAGCCUGCUCAGGGCCGCCCAGCGCCGCGAUGCCGCCGCCGCUGCCACCGCCACUGCCACUGCGGCCGCCACCAGUGCCUGAGUGCCCGUGAGAGCGGCGUUCCCCGCUCUGGGGAUGGGGCAUCUCCCAGAGCCCGCCCAAGCUGCUUUCAAUGCUGCCGGAGACCCCUGGAGCCUGCCUGAUCCACUCAUCACUGUUGGGGAUUAAAAUAAGUUUACUUUUAGAAUCUUAGAAGUUUAUUAAGUUGAAGCUUAAUUGUAACUGCUGGUGAACCCCCAGACCAGCCUGAUCCAUGCCUCAUGCUGCCGGAGACUGGAUGAGCCAACCUUUGCAGUGCUGGAGACCCCCUCGUGCUGCCCACACAGGCCCAAGAACUGUGCUCAAGGAAUCUGCACCCUUCACACACUGCUCAAACACCCCGGAGUGCACCUGAGAAGCCCUCGUGUUGCAGGAGACCAUGGCACCCAAACAGCCUUGCAUGCUGCUGAAGCCCCUGAAGAACACUCUCCAUACUGCCUCUGCAGCUAGAUCCUGCCUGAGACCUCCCUCCAAGAAAUUGCUGGCACUCCAGGACCCCACAUCUCACCCCAGGGUGGCCACAGCACCAGGCUCCCCACCAUAUCCAUCUGUGCAGGCAGCAUCUGGGCAGCACCAGGCAGGAACUAUGGCAUGGCAUGGACUGCACAUCCCUUGGACUUCUUGCCCAGGCAGUGCUUCAGGGUGGCAGAGUUGUGUUUUGUUCGUUCUUUUGUAAUAAUAAAUUUUUUUUGGUGA